AUGAUCGCCGCCAUUGUCAAGGACGAGGAACAAGACAAGAAUAUUCUGUACGUUGGGAGGAAGGUAGAACGUCAGCUGCGCAAUGGGAAACUUACAGAAAGCGACGUUUUCAUCCUGCCCAAGCUGGCCUUACUGGAAGGCUACAAAGAUCAAGUGCUUGGUCCUAGGGACGACACAGACGAAUACAGUCGAUUGACGCAUGACCACGCCGACGAGAUCUUGCAGCGACUUCAGCUGACACUUGCUCGCUUUCAAGGCCAGAGAGUCGAGGUACCUCUGCUGUUCCACAAUUCGGAUCCUCAUGUCUUCACGCUGAACACCGCAGCAGACAUUAUCGAGGGCAUUUCAGCGUGGUUCUGGGAUCGAGCCAAGUGUCAAAUCCAUGAUAGCCUCGGUUGCGCGCCAGAGACCACUAUCCAGAUCUUGGAAAAAGCCGAAGUGGCAGCACCUGUGCCAGAGAUAUGGGCCAAUGCCGUCCCCAUGGUCAACAAAUAUCGCGAAUACCUGAUCAAGGCAGGGUUUCCUGCAGUCCACAUCGUCUCUGAAGCUAAGUGUGCUGCCGUCCUUGUGGCAAGGCAUCUACAGACAUCAGACGCAGGCCCAGAGGAUAUCGCCAGAGCCAUGGAAUCGGUACUUCUCGUGUUCGACUUGGGAGCCGGUACCCUAGACUUGACCGCGACAGAGGUGAUCCAAGGCGAGCACCUGAAGAUCAAAACCCUUGUCCAAAGCACUGGCUCUUUCUGGGGUUCGCAGCAAAUCAACGAAACGUUCAAACACUACCUGCCUGAAAUCAUUGGACCGGACUUUGACAGGAUGGUUGCUCAGCUCUCGGUCGGCCAACCCGAUAAGAGCGUGUUGCUUGAGCCGUUCACGCGUGGAUUCGAGGUCGCCAAGCAAGAAUUCGAAUUGAACAGCAAUGAUCGCGUGACUGUCGACUAUGAUCGCAGCGACAGAGGCCUUCCGCCAGAUCUGGGGAAUCCGUGGAUUGGUGGCAACUACCUGAGUAUUUCACCAGUACAGAUGCAGGCCAUCCUAGCGGAGUACGCACGCGGGCUGGAGGGUCCCAUUGCAGACCAGCUCCAGCGACUGCGACGAGGAGGAUUCCUAAAGCGCGGAAGGAGAGUAGAGAUGUACUGCGUUGGCGGAGGAAGUAGGUCGCAAUUUGUGAUCAACCAUCUCAAGGAGACAGUGACAUCUGCUUCAGUGAAGACGAGCACAGCGAACACCGAUAACAUGACCGCCCUCGGCGCUCUUUUUACUGCCAUUGACCGAAAUCUAGGAAGCGCAGAGAUUGCCAGAGCAGCGUAUGGAACUGUCUGGACCACCGAGCGAGCACGGUACACAAAACACAAGGGUCCUGUGCAGGUGUCUGUUGACGGGUGCGUGACCUGGCACUUCGAUAUCGGAGAUCGUCUCGAUUCAAGCAGAGUAGCCAAUGGAUGGAUUGAAAUUGCUGAGGAAGACAUCCCACUGGGGAAAGACGAAUUCGUCGACCUCGAAAUGCCGUUUGUCAAGACUGAGGAACCAAAGCUGGUGAUGGACGACAUCAAUCAGAACAGACCGGGUAUCACCAAGCUGACGCCGCUUCUGAUGCUGGUGAGCAAUCGAGAGCACACUUUCCCCGUCGAACAUACACCCCGAGGGCGCUGCAUGGUCGUCCAAACCCGCAUCAUACCUAAAUGGGAGGGCAUGCGGCUUUACUUCGAUUUUGUGGUGCACCGCACAGGAGUAUUCCCGAACGAGGACCACCUGGAGUAUGAGACACCGGACGGUGAACUAGCAGAGGGAUACCUCCGCCAGCGGCAAGAAGUGCACGAUGCAAUUGAUUUUCGUGAUCUGAAAGUCGGGGUCGCUUGA